GGCGCGUGGACUUUCUGUGGCAACAGACUUCUUCUCCUGGAGCAGAUCAACUUUUCACAAUCUUUCCAUCCCAAAGAAAUCAUCUUUUAAAGACUGGAAACCAGGGCGACGAUGUGUGGAACAAACGCUGAUCUGGAAAACAAAGGUGGUGGACGCGUGAACCAGCUGGGCGGCACGUUUCUCAACGGCAGACCUUUACCUGAGUCCAAGAGGAGGAAGAUGAUUGAGCUGGCCUCAGAGGGAGUCAGACCCAGUCAGAUAUCCAGGAUACUUCGGGUGUCUAACGGGUGCGUCAGUAAGAUCCUGAGCCGUUACCGGCGCACUGGACUCCUGGAGCCCAAGACCAUUGGAGGGAGUCGACCUCGACUCCUCACGCCUGGCGUCAUCUCCACCAUAAUCCAGUACAAGAGGGAAAACCCAACUAUUUUCGCGUGGGAGAUCAGAAAACGGCUGACGGCCGCGCGCUUAUGCAAAGUCUCCAAAGUUCCAAGCGUGUCCUCUAUAAACCGGAUUUUAAGGAAAAUUCACCUGGACCACGGACCCAUGUGCAUGGAGAUCAACGCGCAUAUCAGCACAGAACAGGAUUUGGAAUCUUUGAUGCUAGAGGAAGUGAAUCACACAGAGACCCAGCGCAGCGAUGACCCGACGCCCAAAGGCGUCCAGCAACGAAACCGCACCACCUUCAGCCCAGACCAGAGCCGAGCACUCGAGCAAGAGUUUUGUCACAGCCAGUAUGCAGACAUGUACCUGAGAGAGAAACUGUCUGCCAGGAUCAAUCUUCCAGAGGAAACUAUUAAGGUCUGGUUCUCCAACAGACGAGCUAAGUGGAGGAGGGAAACUAAACUGAGUGGACCACAGGCUUCAGACGUUCAGAAGCAACGGGAUUUUGUUCCAGUGAAUGAAACGGAGCUGCACAGAUUCCCAUCAGAGCAGGCACCAGGAGUGUCUAAAGUCUACUGUCACAACGCCAGUGCCUUAUCCUCCUACAGCACAGGGGCCCGCAAACUGCAAAACAGCCACAUUUCCCCCACAGAAACAGGAAUCAGAGGUUCUGGACGUCCGGCCUCCGUCUCGAUGCCCCCUUCAUUCUUCCAGCAGCCAAAUAACAUGUCGACCCCGAGCAGAGACGCGGCUUCACUGGCUCUCCACACAGACAGAUACACUUUCCCACUGGUUCACCAUCUCACCGACACCAGGACGUCCCUCCCUCUGAGGGCAGAACGGCCUCUGACUCAGUGCUGGAAUCAGCAGGGGAUUUCUUUGGCGUGGAGCCACUACCACAAAGAUCCGAGGUUUGUGUUCAACCAGCAGCACUGGGACGUCAGUACACACUAG